UGAAAUAUACGUAACUGUUAUUUGUUUUACAUCAAAAUUGUGAAUUUCAUAAACCAGUUUAAAUGCUAUAUUUAGAGAGUAUUAAGUAUUUAUGUUUUAAUAAUUUCGAUAUUAGAAUUAUUUAGGUGAUAUAAUAUUAUUAGUAGAUAUAGCAGAAACCUCCAAUGACAGAAAAUGAAAGUUAGUCUUUCCUUGAUUGUAACUCUAACAAUGGUAUUACACAUAAGCUCUGAAAGAAUAUACUCAAGAAAAAGAAGACAAGCGAUACAGUCAUGUGACAGUUUGGUUUUUUGUCAAGGGAAUCUUCUAGAUACGAUACAAAAAGCUAGAAUAUAUGCAGAUUCAAAAACGUUUGUGGAUUUAAGUCAAAUUAAUUCAGAGGAAGUUACUUUAAAAAAUUUCGAGAAUUUCAUGGCCAGCACUAAUAAUAAACCCUCCAAAAGUAAUAUUACCAAAUUUAUAAAAGCUAACUUUAAAUCUGAAAGUGAAAUGGAAGACUGGACACCACCAGAUUAUAAGCCAAAUCCGCCCUUUCUAAAAAGUAUUUACCACAGUGCAAUGUACUUUUUCGCGAAGGAUGUAGUGUCACUCUGGCCGAAGCUAGGACGAAGAAUAAAAAAAUCGGUAAAAGACGAUCCGUCCAGGUACUCUCUGAUUCCCGUGCCAGAAGGUUUCAUCAUUCCAGGGGGAAGAUUUCGAGAAAUUUAUUACUGGGAUUCAUAUUGGAUUAUUAAAGGUUUAAUAAUCAGCGAUAUGCACGACACAGCAAAGGGAAUGUUGGACAAUUUUAUCCAUUUAAUAAAAACACAUGGAAUGAUUCCUAACGGUUCGAGAGUGUACUACCUCAAUAGAUCUCAACCUCCUUUGUUCACUAUGAUGGUAGAUUUGUAUAUUUCGAGUCGGCCUGAUACCAAAUGGCUAAUAGCGAACGUGGAGCAUCUCGAUACAGAGUUAAUGUUUUGGAUCAAUGAAAGAACAAUACCUGUUACUAAAGAUGGUGUAGAGUAUAAAUUAGCUCAUUACGGACCUCAAAGUAAUACUCCUAGACCAGAGUCAUAUAACGAAGAUUUGAUUACUUGUGCCACCUUUCCGUCUGAUGAUGAAAAAGCAAGUUGUUACAUCGCUUUAAAAGCUGGUGCAGAAUCUGGAUGGGACUUUUCAUCCCGCUGGUUGUUUGAUAGAGAUGGAAAGACUAGCAGUAACUUAACCAGUAUAGAUACGAAAAGAAUUGCCCCUGUGGACUUAAACGCCUUUCUUUACAAAUCUUUCAGCCUAUUAUCAGAAUAUUAUGGAGGCUUAGGGAAUACAGGUAAAGAGGCAGAAUGGGCGGAGAGAGCCAAAACAUGGAGAGAUACCAUAGAAGCAGUUUUUUAUGACAAGGACGAUGGUAUUUGGUACGAUUACGAUACGAAAUUAAACAGAAAUAGAAAAGUGUUUUUUGCAAGCAACUUUGCGCCGCUUUGGGCCCAAGCUUAUGACCUUAAAAAGAAAUCCGAAUACGGAAAAAAAGCAGCAGAGUAUAUGAAAGCUGAAUCAAUCGACACAUACCUUGGUGGUAUACCAACAUCUGUCGAACAGAGCGGCGAACAAUGGGAUUUACCAAACGGCUGGCCUCCAUUACAGGAAUUCGUAGUACUAGGUCUUCACAUGACCGAACAUCCAGAAGCCCAAAAAAUAGCGAGAACCUUCGCCAACAGAUGGAUCAGCGCCAACAUGAAAGGCUACCAACGGGACAACGCGAUGUACGAAAAGUACGACGCCGUCGAACCGGGCGUAUACGGAGGCGGUGGCGAGUACGAGGUCCAGUUGGGGUUCGGCUGGACGAACGGAGUGGCCCUCAGCUUCAUACACACAUUCUAUAGCAGUGCUCAUUCCAUUUCCAAAGCCUUAUUAAAGCCGUACAUUUAUUUUGGGCUUAUUAGUUUAAUAAUGUACAUAAGUAACGUUUUAAGGUGAUCAAAAACUUAUCGUAGAAAAUCUCUUUACCAUAACAUAUUUUUUACCCACAGUGGCGGAUUAAUCGUUUAGCGAAGCGUUUCUUAACCUUUUUCAGUUCGCAGACCCCUGAAAAAUCAAGCAAAAUUUCAAGGACCCUCCUAAUUUAAAAAAAACAGAAAUUUUAAGACAAAUUACUUUACUACAAAAAAUUACAUUUUUAUAAAAAUUAAAAAUACUUUAUUAAUGUGAAUUAAUAAAUGGUGCUGCUUUUUCUUGCAACUAAAUUAAUAAUAUUCAGGUUGAUCUUUUGACUUAGUUGUAAUCUCAAAUCGGAUUCUAAUUGUAAUCUCUUUCUGUAUUCAGUGGCGGAUACAGAGGGGGUCCCAUGGCCCCCCCUAGAAUCUGUAAAUUGGGUUAAAUCUUAGGCUUUUGGAUUAAAAAUGGCGCCCUAAAAAGUAUAUUCUACAUUACUUUUUAUUUUGGGCCCCCCCUAAAAUAAAUUACUGUAUCUGCCCCUGUCUGUAUUUGUUUUCAUGUAUACAAGAGUAGAGAAUGAUUUUUCACAGAGGCAUGUGGAUGAGAAAAGCAGUAAAUGUUUCAGUGCUACCUGUGGUGCCUACUUCUGAUAUUUCUUUAUAAACUUUUUCUAGAUUCUCCCAAAAAUUUGAUAAAGAAGUUUCUUUGAAAUUAUGUUUUAAAGCUGAAUCACAUGAUAUUUCUAUUAACUCAUUUUUCUGUAUCGUUGUCAAGCCGUUGAUAUCUGAAACACCUGCGAUGAAAUCUGAAUGAUCUGCCUGAAAGGGUCUGCUAUCCAGUUUUUAUUGUCAGGUUCUGAAAAAUAUCCCAGAAAAGAUGACCU